GGGAGGAGCUGCUGCUGCGAGAAGAGAGUGUGCACCACAGACCACCAGCGAUACGGAGAACAUCGUCCAGCAUACGCGUACUACCCCUUCGAUGGGACCUACUUCUGUUCUGAGAGCGGAUGCGACAUCUUACCUUUGUUCGUGACAAUUCGCUUGGAUGAUCUCUCAUGGACAUGGAGAAGUCAUUCGAAGAGGAGCCCGCAAAAUGGCGCGCCAAACGAAAAGUGCCAUUCAAACAAGUUUCAUUCGGACUGAAACAGCUGAUCGAGAACGGAAUCGCACAGCACAUGAAGCAACUAGACGAUGCGUUACUCGAGUUACAGAUGAGUCACGAACCGAAGUUCGCCUCAACGUACCGAGAGCGCGUUCGUCAUGCCUUAUCUCUGCUCACGCAGGAUCUGCGGCAGAUUGAAGAGAUGAAAUCGAGCGUGAAAGAUGAGGAUCUAAGCAGGUUUGACAAAGCUGCGGAGACGAGCCGUCGCGAAAUCCACGAGGCUCUGAAGAGGGCGCGAAUCGUGAUCGACUCUGACUUCGAUCGGCUCCGUUCCCAUCAAUCGUCCGAAGUCUCACCGAAGCCCGACGGGGAUCGUACAAAUUCGAAUUCUGCUUACUCCGACGACACUGCUGCCACUCAAAACUCGAUGCAGGAAUUAUUACUGAUAAACGAAUGUGAGCGGCUUCGCGAGCAGGCUCAGGAUCUUGAGUCCCUCACUCAAGACAUGCAAGUCCUCAAAGAGAUGAUGGGCGAUUUGAAAGACAGCGUGGUCGAGCAAGGAGAAGCUUUGGAGGCUAUAGAGCAUCAUGUGGAAACGGCAGCCACCAACGUGACGCGCGGCGAGCUCCUCCUAGCGCAGGCGAGGCAUCUCAAGACCGCGGCUCUGCCUAUCGUGGGUCUGACAGUGGGUUUCGCGGCUGGUGGUCCGAUUGGUGCUAUCGCGGGAGUUCGCAUUGGUUUCGCAACUUCGAUGAUUGGAGGAGCGCUCGGGUAUGCCGGUGGGAAGGUUCUGCAUAAGUUCAAUAAUCUCAACCCACUCGGUCCACGUUUUCGGAUGCCAGCUCUACGGACCUCGGAGAAUCCAGAAGUUGAUGGUAACCAGCAAUGAAUUGAUCUCCGGAGCUGGUGACUUCCAGCUCGAAAACACUCGGAUGGACUUCAAGGGUUAACGACCCGAUACUGUGAUCCUAAUUCUUGACCGAUGUCGUGUACAUACACAUACGUUGCCGUUCAUAAUACAGUGUUUUAUCGCGCAUCAGUGCCUAUUUGUACAGGUUUGGAGUUUGCCGCGCGAGCUCCGGAACGGAUAUUCCGAUAAAA